AUGAGCUUCGGGUUUAGCGUGGGCGACUUCAUCAAGACAGUUGAGCUUGCCAAUAAGGUCCGUAAAGGCUUCGUCGGUGCACCGAGCCAAUUCAACGCUAUUUCUGACGAGGUCAGAAGCCUCUCGAUCGUCCUCCUCGAUGUCGAAGUCUUCCUCUACAAUCGCGAACUUCGCAACGAACAAGAGGCAGAUUUAAGGCGGAUUGUAGAUGGUUGCGGGAAUGUUCUUAACCAGUUGGAACACACACUAGAUAAUUAUGGCGAACUUAGGUCUGGCCACAGGAGUGCUAGUAAAACGGUGAAAAGGAUGUGGAAAAGACUCAAAUGGGAGCCGGAAGACAUCAAGCAGCUUCGUGACCGGAUCGGCACGAACAUUGGUUUACUCAACGCGUUCUUCACAAGCGGUCUUAUUCGGGACAACGUGGUUACGUUAGUACGAAGUCAAGAAGAUCAAGGCCGCCAGACUAUCCUCGACUGGAUUACCUCGAUCGAUCAUGCUGCACAACAGAGCAAUUUCUUAAGUCGACGACAACCAGGGACUGGCCAAUGGCUACUUGUUUCAGCAGAGUUCACUGCGUGGGUAGGGACCAGCAAGCGGACUUUAUUCUGUCCAGGCAUUCCCGGAGCGGGAAAGACAGUGCUCACGUCAAUUGUGAUAGAGGAGCUAUUUACGCGGUUUGAAAACGUUGGCAAUAUUGGCAUUGCCUACCUAUAUUGCAACUACCAACGACAGCAUCAACAAAAGUUUGAGGAUCUAAUUGCCAGUUUGUUAAAGCAACUUGUUCAAGAGCAGCCUUCCUUACCGGAUAGUGUGAAAACGCUCUACAACCGGCAUAAAGACAAACGGACGCGGCCUUCACUUGACGAAAUCUUAGGAGUCCUCCAAAGUGUGGCGUCAGUAUACUCCAGAGUCUUUAUUAUCGUUGAUGCAAUUGAUGAAUGCCAAAUCUCCGAUGGUCAUCAACAAAGAUUACUGUCAGGCCUCUUUGAACUCCAAGCAAAGUGCAAUGCAAAUAUUUUUGCCACUUCACGGCAUAUAUCAUGCAUUGAACGGGAGUUUGAAGGGUGCUUAAAGCUAGCGAUCCGUGCUAGCGAAGAGGAUGUACGAAAAUACCUAGAUGCCCAUAUGGUCCAACUUCCACGAUUUGUGGCUCGGAGUCUUGAGCUCCAAGAGAAAAUCAAGACGGAUAUUGUUAAUGCUAUAGAUGGGAUGUUUCUACUUGCACAGCUCCAUCUCGAUUCCUUAACCGGAAAGAGGUCGCUAAAAGCAGUCCAAACUGCUUUAAAGAAUUUGGUCAAAGGAUCUGCGGCAUAUGACCAUGCAUAUAAGGAUGCUAUGGAACGGAUCAAUGGCCAAAUCAAAGACCAAGAAGAGCUUGCUAAACAAGUUUUAUCGUGGAUUACCUGUGCGAAGAGACCACUCGCUGCAAUAGAGCUUCAGCAUGCGCUUGGUGUUGAAGUUGGCGAGUCCCAGCUUGACGAAGCUAAUAUCCCAGAAAUCGAAGAUAUGGUUUCUGUAUGUGCUGGGUUGGUUACAAUCGAUGAAGGAAGUGGGAUUAUUCGAUUAGUCCAUUAUACAGCACAGGAAUACUUCGAUCGAACACAAAGGCAAUGGUUUCCGGAUGUGCAAGCUAAUAUCAUAACAACUUGCGUUACUUAUCUCUCAUUUGACGAUUUCGAGAGAGGAAUUUGUCAGAGCGACAAUGAGUUCGAACAACGCCUUCAAUCGAAUAAGUUCUACGACUACGCAGCACAUAACUGGGGUCAUCACGCUCGAGAGGCUUCGACUUCGUGUGACAAUGUUAUGGACUUUCUUCGGAAACAAGCUCACGUCGAGGCAUCAAGUCAAGUACUAAUGGCAUCUAAGCGAUAUUCUGAUGAAACGAAAUAUAGUCAAAAAGGUCCAAAACAAAUGACUGGGCUUCAUCUUGCAGCAUUCUUCGGAGUUGGCAACGUGGUACUAGGCCUGCUUAAUGGCAAUCAUCCUGAUUUGAAAGAUAGUCAUAGUCGGACGCCGCUGUUGUGGGCAGCUGAACGCGGACACGAGAAUGUAGUCAAGCUGCUGCUCGAUCAAGGCGUCGGGCUUGACUUAAUGGAUAGCGAGUGUGGCCGGACGCCGCUGUCGUGGGCUGCUAAGAACGUGCACCACGUAGUUGUCCAACUCUUGCUUGAGGCAGGAGCCGACCCUAACGCGCGAGGGGAAGGAUACGGCGAGUCGGCACUACAUUUGGCUGCUGGUAUCGGGAAUAAAGCAAUGGUCUAUCAACUACUCAAGGCUGGAGCCGACGUGAAUACCAGGGUAGGUAAUUUGCGAUCAAACGAGAGUGCUCUUCACAGGGCAGCUGCUAGAGGACAUGACGAGGUAGUAGGGUUGCUACUCAAAUUUAAAGCAGAUGUUAGAGCUAAGGACUAUUUUGGUUGGACAGCAUUGCAUCGGGCGGCCAACGCAGGGUACGAAAAGGUGGUAAAACUAUUGCUCGAAGCGGAUGUGGCAGUAGUUGUAGACAAGAAUGAAUGUGAAGCAACGGCACUACACCUAGCGGCUCUAGGAGGGAAUAAAGCUAUCGUGGAGCAAUUGAUUGAGGGGAAUGCUGACGUUGAAGCUCGAUGCCAGGAUGGUUGGACACCGUUGCACUGGGCGGCUGAAGAUACGCAAAAGUCAACAUUCCAGUUUCUUUUUAAGACGAAGACUGAUAUCGAGGCGAAGAAGUCUGUUAUCCUCAAAGCACCAAGCCAGAUAUCAAAAUCUAUGAGCUAUGAUCUGGACAAAUUAAUGGCUAGCAUGAGAGCAGAUGUUAGGGGCGAGAACCCUUCUUUGUUUGCUACCCGAUACGCCACUUGGGAACCUUUCUGUUAG